AUGCCGGCUCCCGGAUCCGGCGCCCCUGAUGCCGACGAUUCCAGCUCCGCCUCGGCCAUCGUCGCGGGUACUGUCACCGGGCACCACGUCCUCCACAUCGAAGGAUACUCGCGCAUCAAGGAGGAGACACCCAAUGGCAAGAGCGUCAAGUCUCGCCCUUUCAGGAUUGGAGGUCGCUCCUGGCGCAUCUUGUACUACCCUAAUGGCCGAAGCUCCCUGUACACCGAUGACAUAACCAUAUCCCUCGCCCUUGAAGAGAGUGCUACCGGGCCUGUCAAGGCGCGAGCCAAGUUCAGUUUGCUCGAUCAGGCAGGGAAACCUAAGGAGAUAGAUCCGGAUGUCUGA